AUGGAAAACGACACCAUCGAUCUUCACACAGGAUGGCCAAACCCGUCGCUCCUCCCGACAAGCGCGCUGUCGGACGCAUUUGCCACGGUGAUGGCCGACCCCUCCAUCCGCACGCCGGCGCUGAUGUACGGCCCAGACGAGGGGUACGGGCCACUGCGCGAGCACAUCGCCCAAUGGCUGACGUCGUUCUACCGCCCCUCUGACCCUGUAACAGGGAGACGCAUCUGCAUUACCGGGGGCGCGAGCCAGAAUAUCGCGUGCAUCCUCUCGGUAUUCUCCGACCCGGGCUACACGCGGAAUGUGUGGCUGGUGGCGCCGACGUACCACCUGGUCUGCCGCAUGUUUGACGACGCGGGCUUUGCGGGGCGCCUGAGGGCUAUUCCGCAGAGUGAGCGGGGGCUGGACUUGGAGUAUUUAAGGCGGGAGUUGCUUGCGGCUGAGGAGCGCGGGGGUAAGAGGGACGGGGAGCCGGUUACACCUCUGCGGCCGUGGGCGAAGGUCUACAAACAUCUCAUCUAUGCGACUCCGGCAUUCUCGAAUCCGUCUACAAUGACGAUGUCCCAGUCUGAUCGCGAGGGCCUUGUACGGCUGGCCCGGGAGUUCGAUGCCCUGAUCAUCACAGAUGAUGUCUACGAUUUCCUGCAGUGGCCGUCCGAGUCUGAGAAGACACUGGACAAGCACGCAACGGCUUUACUACCUCGUGUCGUAGACGUCGACCGCUAUCUAGACGGCGGCCCGAAAGAUGAAUGGGGGAACGUUGUCAGUAACGGCAGCUUCAGCAAGCUGAUCGGACCGGGGAUCCGGACGGGAUGGGCAGAGGGAUCAGAGAAAGUCGCCUAUGGCAUUUCACAAGCAGGCUGCCAACGAUCAGGAGGCGCUCCUUCCCAAUUCUCGUCCACCAUGGUUGACCAGCUCGUCUCUUCCGGUUUCCUGCAAAACCAUAUCGACGAGGUUUUGCGCCCCGCAUACGCAUCACGAUACUACCGCCUGAUGUCCGCGAUCCGAACCCAACUCUACCCCCUCGGUGUAACGCUGCCAUUCACAGGGCCCUCCGUCGCGGGAGGCUACUUUAUCUGGGCUGCAUUGCCGGAGCCCCUGCGGGCGAGUGACCUGGUUUCGGUCGCACUGCAGGAGCACAGCGUGAUAGUGGGUGCAGGGGAUCGGUUCCGAGUCGAGGGUGACCUGGCCAAGAGCAACGAGUUCGAGGGGUACGUGCGUCUGUGCUUUGCGUGGGAACAGGAGGAGAAGCUGGCGGAGGGGGUGCGUCGGCUGGCGUGUGCGAUCCGGCAGAUGAUCGAACGAGCGGACGAACGUGAGGCGCGAUGA